AUUCCCUUACAAUUAAAACAGUCCAAUUACUUAUCGAAUGUUAUGUAGCAUACAAGUAACGCAAAAAUGAGCGCGGAAAACAAGUUAACAGCAGUUAACUCUGAGCUGUGAAAUACGGAGCAAGACUGCUAAUUUAAGCGCUGCCAUUAUUCGCCAACAAUAUGGCAACUUUAUGUGCCAUAGAACUCUACAAAAAGCAAAGCAACCUAGCCUGCGAAAACAAACGCAAAGCAACAAUACAAACACAGGCGAAAUCAAAUUAUAAGACACAGACGUAAUAUAUGCGUGAAAAACUAGCUGGCAACAAUAACAGUUGCGUGUGUUGAGCCAAAUGUCAAGAAAAACUAGCAAAAAGCGACGCAUCAAAUAAAAAUUGAGUGUUAAGUGUAAAUCAACUAUGACUUCGGUUAUAUAUGUGGAAUUGAGCUCGGAUUCGGAGGAGGAGGUAAAAGCGCCAGUGACAGCGCCAACAACGUUCAGCUGGUGUAGAAAAGGCCCACCCGAUGCGAAGCGAGCGCGUCGAGAGCUGACAAAGAUGACCACUGCAAAAACGUUGCCCACGAAAUUGUUGCACAUACCAAAAGCUUCUAUUGUGACACCAGCCACUGGGAUCAAGGUAACACCUACUGUAACGGCAGCGACAACAGCGACAGCAACUGGAACAAUAGUCGGGACAUACAGGUCCAUGCAUAUACCCAGUGGCAUAACGGUAACCAAGCACAACAACAGCAAUGGCAAUUUCAACAUGUCCACUGCCAAAAUCACAGUCGAAACUAACAAUAAUAGCAACAUCAGCAGCAACAACAAUAACAAUAACAAUAAUGCAAAUUACAAGCCUUUCAAACUAGCAAGUGGUACCUGGUCAAAGACGCCAACGGGCACCACAAUGGCAACAAUUACCAGUGUACCCAGCCCACAGACGAUGACCUCAAAGCCGGUGCAAAGACCCAGCACACAUCAGCAAAAGGCGACUAUAAAACAAAAGUCAACGACAACAACAGCUCCACAAAAAACUGCUGUACAGCAACAGCAACAGCAACAGCAACAACAACAGCAGCAGCAGCAGCAUCAGCAACAGCAACUGCAUCAGCAAAAGCAGAGGGCAGCAACGUCGAUCAAGCAGCUGCAACAACAGCAGCCAAAGCCGACGAUGUCUGCGGCACAACUGCCACAAAAGCAGGUGAACACUCUGCAACAGCAGCAGCAGCAGAAGCUAAUGGCGACAACAUCCAUACAACAGCAGCAAAAGCCACCGCCAACGAUGUUACAACAGCAACAGCAGAAAUCCACAGCAAUGCUGCAGGUGCCACAGCAACAAUUGCAGCAAAAGCCGUCCAUUACAAUGUCAACGGUGCAGAUGCAACAUCAGCAAAGGACACCCACAGCGAUUGCAACGCCAACUGUAAUGUCACAAAAGCCAAUUUUGCAACAACAGCGACCGUUAAAACCACCGCUGCAACCACAUCAACAGCAGCAGCAGCAGCAGCUGCUGAAAACACAGCAAGCCAACCAACAAAUAAUGUUAACCAAAAAGCUGCCAGUAAAACAAACAGCAAAGCAAACUGCUACACAGCGUUUGCCCACCUUGCAAAAGAUGCCGCUGACAUCGCCCGCCAGCCAACAAAAGCUGCCGCCGCCAGCGCAUAGUGCCAACAACAGCAGCACCACGAACAGCGGCAACGUACAGUUGCACAAACAGAAGAUGCAGCAGCAACAGCAACAGCAUCAGCAGCUGGCACCACCGCCGCCCGCACAUCAUGCGACGACACAGCUGGCAAAGCUCACGCCAAUGCCCAUGUUGAGCAGACAGAAUGUCGUGCUGCCAACGCCUGCUUCAAUAAACAGUGCAGCACGCACACUGCCCUACAAAAUGAAACCCACUGCAGCAAGUGUAACAGCAACAUCUGUAGCAACAAUAACAACAGCUGCAGCAUCAGUAACAGCCACAACUGCAGCAGUAGUAGCAGCAUCAGCCCUACGCAACGUGCAACAGUUUACGCCCAGCAGCAACAGCAUCACAACAGCAGGUGCAACGCCCCCUUUACGUCUGUUAGCCACGCCUCCACAUUGCGCUGCAGCAUUAAACGAGCCGCUGCUGCUCAAUCUGCCGCCCACGACGAGCAUCACGCCACAGCUGACGCCGACGACAACGCCGCCGCCGACGGCAACAUCGACAACAGCACCUGCAACAGCUCCUGCUGCUGCCAAGAUAACCUUUCCAGGUGCAAGUAUUUCACCUGUCCAAAAGCCGGCCACUAAGCGUGUGCAGCCCAUCACAGUGCUCAAGAAAUCGGAUGACGAGUGGCGUCGGCACAUAGCACAACAGCAACUCGAACAGUGUCACAAACCAAAGGAGCCGCCCAUUACCACGCCCACCAUCGUGUUAGUCGAAUCGCCGCCCACAACGCCACCGACCGAAAAGGUUGAGAGCAGCUCUGCUCCAGUUGCUCCAACUGCAACUGCGACUCCAACUACAGUGACUGCUGCUGCUGCUUCUGGUCCAGCUACAACAGUUGCUGGAUCUGCUACAACACGUCCACAACUUGUGCCGGAAUAUACGGCCAUGUUACAGUUAUGUCGUGAGCUAGAUAAAUCGCCGGAUAUGGAGCGAUUGAUUGAGAUUAAGCUGAUGAAAUACUAUUACAGUGUCCAUGAGAACUUUGUCCGUUCACGUGGCUUUCGCAAGCAAUUGGAACAGACCAUGGAACGCAUGCGCAAUGAGCCGGAUAUGAUUUAUGUGCAUCUCAAGUGUGUGGUCGAUGAGUUGAAGGUGCGACGUAAAGCCAAAGCGGUAGAGCUGCCUCCCGACGAGCCGGAAGAGAAGCCAGCAGCCCCAGCGGCUGUAACAGCAGUAGCAGCAGCCUCAAUACCAACGCCAACUCCACCUGAGAUUAAGAAUGUGCAGCCAGCGGUUACACCAGCAGCAUCUCCUCCCAGCACUGGCAACAAGCGCACGGAUGAGCGUAUUAGGAAAUUAAAUCGCACUUUGUAUACCAUUACGAAACGUAUUAGCGCCUUGGAAGAGGCGGAUGUCGAUUGGAAUGAUGAUGAUGACUCCAGUUAUCUGCAGGUGGAGCGCUAUAAGAAGCGCGCCUGUCAGAUCUAUGAGAAAAUCUGUGAUUUAACCGGUGAAAGUAAAAGCGCACAUCGUCAGAUGAAGCAGCCCAUAUUAUUUAAGGAUACGCCAUAUCCACAAUUCAAUCGCACACUCUCCGCGUUCGUCAAUCGCAUGCAUGAAUUCCCCGAUUAUCAUGAUGUGCUCCAACUGCUGGAGCAUUGUAAUAAGGAUAAGAAUCUAGGCCUGGCUACGUUCGAAAUGAAGCGCAUAGCUCAUGACGCGUUUGUUAAGGUGGGUCGCCUGCUCCAGGCGCGGCGUAAGACUGAUCUCUAUGAGACCGUAACACAUUUCACAGCCAAUGCCAAGGAUCCAGCUGUCUCGGAUGCUACACUGCUGGCCAAGCUCAACGAAAAUAACAAGAAGCAAACGAAAAUCAGUGACAUACUAGAAAAAUUUGCGCGCGAGCAGGAUCUCACCAGCGAGGAGCAGCGCGAGGCGAGGCUAAAGGAAAAACAACUGCAAGCGGCGGUAACAGCAUCAACAGCAACGGAAACAACAUCAGUCGAAACAGCCACUGGAGAGACAGUCGCUAAACAUACAUUUGUUCCACAUGUAGACGAUGAGAAGCCCUGCACUAGUGCUCAGGCCCAGGCGCAGGCAGCCCAACAAAUUGUCUUAACAAAUGGCCUGGAAAAAAGUGAAUGUGAGCAUGACAGCGACAGUGAUGAGGAUGAUGAGGACGACGAUGAAACGGAUGAGGAUGUAGACGCCUUUGUUGAUAAUUUUAAAGCAAACGGCGAUAUAAGCGAUGUAGAAUCCGAUACGGAAGCAAAUGCAGCACCAAAGACAUCUGCUACUGCCGCAACGGCGGCUGCUCAUGUGAUAGUUAAUAAUAUAACGAGAGUCAAGACUGCUGCUAAUAAUGAUAAUAAUAAUGUUGACGAUAAUGUUAAUGAAAGUGCGAAAGAGGCUGCUAAAGCGUUGCCCAACGGCAAGCUGAAGGAUGCACCUGCUGCCCAGGUACUAAAGGUUAUGUCAGUUUCUAGUCUAAAUGCAACUGUAUCCACAACCACCAUCAACAAUAAUAGUAACAGCAACAGUACGAACAUUAGCAGCUCAGAGCAGCCGCCGCAGAAACAGCAGCAGCAGCAGCAGCAAGAAAAGCAACAGAUCACAGAAAUUAUCAUUUCAGAUGAGGAGUCAUAAGUGUUCUCCUCGUUCAUUUCCCAUCAGCAGCAUGUUAGUUUCUGUUUUAUUUAGUUAGAAUUUAUUUAUUUAUCUCAUAUUGCGCACAGUUUGUUAUACUUCC